AUGCGCUCGCCCUCGCCCACGCCGAGCCCAACUCGUCAACCUACAGCUUUAUCACCGUCACACUCGUCGCCCAGAUCAGAAUCCCCGGAAACCAUUGAGCUUCGAAAGCAAGUUGCCGACACAAUGAUCUCCGUACUUCCUGCGACUCGUCCUUUACGGCCAAAGCUCUCUCUCCAAACCACGCUACCUCCAGCAUCGACCUCGAAUCUCAAGUUGGACCUCGUCACAGAUGCAAAAUCACCGACAGCCCGAAGUACGUCCGCAAGCACCUUUGAUGCUCCUCCACCUACACCAGCUUCGGCGAUCCAGCCUCGAGUCGAGUUCCCUCCAACGCUGGCUCUACCAUCCCCAAGUAAAUCAAGACCAGGACAAAGCGUCUCCCUUCGUUGUGAUGCGCCAUACAUUCUUGCCUUGGGAUCUCGCAGCAUCCUGCGAAAUAGCCCUCUGCCGAAACGUCAUCUCUCAGCGACUUCCUCGUCGCGGCCCCACAAGCGAAUGUUUUUUCCUACCAAACGAGUGACUUUCAAAGAGAACCUGACGGAGACAAUACCUACUCCAGUGAUCGAGACCUCAGAGGAUGAAGUGGUAGAAGAAAGCGGUACUGAACAGGAGCGAGAGGAGAGAAGAGCGACCAUCGAAACGGAAGACGGUCACCCCAACAGAAGCGCGAAGCGAAGUAGGGGGCGCGAUUGGAUAUGGCGACCGAUGCCAGAAGAUUUUCCCAACUCUCCGAGGCUCGAUGAGAAAGGUAGUCUUGCAGAGGCUCCCUCACCGCAAGCCAGAGAUUAUCAACAGAGCGUAUAA